AUGCCACCACCCACACCAACCAACCUAAUAAUCUGCUGCUGCCACAGCAUCUACCUCAGUACCUCACCCAACACACCCCCAGACCCCGCCCCCGGCACCUCCCCCUUCCCAGGAACCUCCCGCACAUCCUGGCUCCUAACCCCCUUCCAACACCAAGAACACCACACAUUCACAACCCACAUCCACACCUCCCUCACCCUCCUCUCCCACGACCCCCUUUCCCUCCUCGUCUUCUCAGGUGGCUUCACCGAUUCACGAGUAAAAACCAGUGAGGCGGCGAGUUAUCUCGCUCUCUGCGAAGACUCUGGGUUUUGGUCCAUAGACUCUAGAUCUGGACAUGAGGAUGAAGGGGGAGAAGGAAAGGGCAAAGGGUCAAAGGAGAGGAUUUUGCUAGAGGAAAAGGCUAUGGAUAGUUUGCAGAAUUUGUUGUUUGGAUUGCUGGGUUUUUGGAGGAGGACCGGGGGGUGGCCGGAGAAGAUCAGUGUGGUUAGUAUGGGGUUUAAGAGGGGGAGGGUUUUGGGGUGUCAGUGAGUGUGUUUUUUCUUCUUUUUUUCUUUGUGGGGUGUGUGGAUGAGGGGUUUCUGUGAGGAUGUUGGGGGAGAGAGGCGUGGUUGAAGUGAUGAAGUCCCUGGGUUGGAUUGUGCACAGGGGGUAAAAUGAGUGGGAAAAGCCAAUUUCCUCGAGGGUUUGAUACCGUGAACAGGAGUCCAGAUCAAUCUGGCGUUCACGAAAUCACGAGAUUUCGAUUUCUAAAGAUUGGUUAGUUAUUUGGAAAGAACUCAAACUAACAACCCCCCAGCAUCCCAGCCCUCAAAUUCCCCCUCUCCCGCGUGGAAUUCAUAGGCAUCAACCCCAGCUACAUGGAUCCAAGCAGCCCCGACUACGAUGAGGAAAGAAUGAAAUCGGUACUAGAGGGGGAGAAAACCAGAGGGUUCGACGCUUGGAAAGCAGAUAUGUACGGAACAGGAGAUGUUCUGCGUGGGAAGAGAAUCUCUAGGGAUUAUUUCAAGACGAGGGGAGUAUGGUUUGAGAGUGAGGAGGAGAGGGAGAGGUCUGGAGUCCGGAGUGAGGUGAGGGUUUUUGGGGAUGGUGUUGAGGAGGUUUUGGUGGAGGGGAGACAGCCUUGGGAGGAUUCUUAG